CAAACUGUCGCGAAGAAGUACCACGCCUCCAGUCGUCACAGAAAAUGCUGUUAUGUCUAGCAGGGUGCUAGUCUUACAACAACAUAUUUAUUGAUUUGUGGCAAAAAAAAUAAAAUAAAAAUGCCUCGUUAUGCUCAGAUAGUGAUGGGCCCUGCGGGUAGCGGUAAGAGUACCUACUGCGCCACCAUGAUCCAACACUUUGAGUCUUUGAAUCGUUCGGUUCAAGUGGUCAAUCUGGACCCUGCAGCAGAGCAUUUUGAUUACCCUGUUAUGGCAGACAUCCGUGAACUCAUCCAGGUAGAAGAUGUGAUGGAAGAUCAAUCUCUCAGAUUUGGCCCCAAUGGCGGUCUGGUCUUCUGCAUGGAAUAUUUUGCCAACAACUUUGACUGGCUGGAGGAAGCCUUGGGUCACGUAGAGGAUGACUACAUCUUGUUUGACUGCCCCGGUCAGAUUGAGCUGUAUACUCACCUUCCAGUCAUGAGGCAACUGGUGGAACAGCUACAGCAGUGGGAAUUUCGGGUGUGUGGGGUCUUCCUGGUGGAUUCCCAGUUCAUGGUGGAGUCUUUCAAGUUCAUCUCAGGAGUCAUGGCGGCCCUGAGCGCCAUGGUGUCAUUGGAGAUUCCCCAAAUAAACAUCAUGACGAAAAUGGAUCUGCUCAGCCCCAAAGCCAAGAAAGAAAUUGAAAAGUAUCUUGAUCCUGAUAUGUACUCCAUGAUGGAGGAUAACUCUGACACCAUCAGAAGUAAAAAGUUCAAGAAGCUGACCGAAGCUAUUUGUGAACUGAUUGAUGACUACAGUUUGGUGAGAUUCAUGCCCUUUGACCGUAGUGAUGAGGAAGGUAUCAACAUAGUACUACAACAUAUUGACUUCACGAUACAGUAUGGAGAGGAUUUGGAAGUCAAGGAGCCAAAGGAGACUAACGAAGACUCUGGCGACACCAAUUAUGAUGAGUUCUUUCAAGGCCAAGUGGAAAGCUGAGAAAUAUCAUUUCAGGACUUGAUGCAUUCACUUGACUUUUCCAUUAGAACUCACUAAAAGGCUAGCGAAGAACCAGGAUGUGAGACGCAGUGACUAAGGGACUUGAUUGUGUCGUUGACUUUUAAUGUAUACUAUUUGCUAUGAUUAUUAAUGUGACUUUGGGGUAAAAUACGUUGUACAUAACAUGUAUUUAACAAUAAAUACAUAUACAAACUGA